AUGGACUGGAAGAAACUGGGAGAACGUACCUUCAACCUUUCAAGAAGUCGACUCUCAAAAAUUGCCAGUGAGAUCUACAGAACAUAUCUGUCCAGCAACUCACUCUGUCCCAUCAACAUCGAUAAACAGGCACAACUGGAGGAGGAUGUUCUCAAUGAUCCCACAUUGGAUAUGUUCAAAGCACAACAGCUUCAGAUCUUUAACCUGAUGAAAUUUGACAGCUACACACGUUUUGUGAAAUCCGCACUUUAUCAGCAGUGUGUGUUGGCAGAGGUCGAGGGCAAGCCACUUCCUGGUAGCAACUCACAGGAAUUGGAACCCAGCCAUGAUAAAGAGAGUGUCAGCCUCUGUGACUCCAAGAAGCAGAAGAAGAAGCUGAAGUCGGGAAAGUCAUUCAGCGGUUUACCACAGAACGGCUAUGAUGGGAAAGGAGGAAGCCCCGAGAAACAGAUCCAGAGGAGUAAAAGCAAAUUAAGUUGGAAGAAAGAGAAAGAGAAAAGAGACUCCUUGGGAGUGGAUAUUUCAGACAGCAAUGGCCUCUUCUUGUCUCGCCGUGAGUCCCAGGGGUCCGUGUAUUCAACAGCCAGUGUGGAACUGGGUUUCCUCAGUUCUCUCCAAGCCAGAACAGAGUAUGAAAGACCAAGCCCGGAGAUAGAAAACGAGAAGAAAGUAAAAUACUGCUGCGUUUACCUGCCUGACAAAACCGCCUCUUUAGCAAUGGUUCGACCUGGCUUGACUAUCCGGGACUUGCUGUCUGGAGUUUGUGAAAGGCACGGAAUUCCUCUGGCAGCCACUAGUACCUACCUGUCUGGAAGUGACAAGAAGCCCCUUGCUCUGGAUCAGGAUAGUAUGAUCCUGUGUGACCGGGAACUUCGAGUGGAAAAAAAAAUCCUGUUUGAGUUGGAACUUGUUCCAGUCAAUCGAAAACUUUGGGUGACGGCUAGACCUACCAAAACUGUGUCCGAGGCUUUGCAUCCAUUUCUGAUCAAAUAUAACUUAAGUACCAAUGAGGUGGAGGCUAAAAUUAGCGGAGAGUCCCAGCCUUUAAAACUGGAUGCCACUGUGUCCUGCCUGGAAAAUCAACAAGUGAUCCUGGACAAGAUAAAAAUACCCGAGCAAGGUCAUCAAGAGGAGAGGAAGAGUUCCAACCAAUCAUCGACUUGCCUUCAGAAGCAAGGUGAGAUAUCCACAGAGAGAAGAGAACCCUUGGAGAGUCCGGUCCACUCAUCCCAGACCUCGAGGAGAAAUAGAUUGAAAGGAAAAGCUGAAGAGAAGAAGGAGCUGAACCGCAAGACUUAUGAUGUAGAAGCCCUGUUUGAGAUGUUGUCCAAAGCACAGAACUGCCGCGCUGAUGAUCAGCGAGGCCUCUUGAAGAAGGAAGAUUUGGUCCUCCCAGACUUCCUACAGCUUCCAGAGGAACUGGCUGGCAUCAGUCUUCAGACAUCUGAACCAGACACCGGCAGUGAGAAAGGUGCCAAAAGUCAUACCCAUCCGGAGAAAAGUCUUACUGAGAGUGAGCAGGUACCCGGAACUCCAAAUGAGAAACCAACACCGAAUAUCUUCGUGUUACAGGACACAGAACAAGAAGAGUCGAAUGAACGGAACAGUCUAUGCCCCCGAACAGUUCUCUAACAGUGACGAGACAGUACAUCGGUGGCCUGCAGACCACCAGGUUGUAAAACAGGGCCGACUCAGAGCAGCUUCUUCAGCUGUUCCAGUUUCCCCAUCAAUGGGACCAAAAGACCAUGCUCAGCAGGGCAGGAUUUCCCUAAACCCUGCUGAGUCCCAAUGAGCCAACACUGCCAAUUCCCUCAGCUAUGUGUCUGAUGAAACAGCAUUGGUGGCAGAACUGCAUUUUACAUCGGGGGAGUGGGAGGGGUCUGUUCCUUCUGUGAUUCUAUCGAUUCUAGGUUCAAGGGACUUUGCAGAACUGAAGCUGUGAACGAAAUCAUGUUGGAAUGUGGAGAAUAUUGGAUCUCAGGGUAGCACCGUCUGAAUGGUCCCCAUCUCUUCAUGAUUUAUCUAUGGUUCGCUAUUCGUCUAAUGCUGCUGAGUGAACUUAGAGAGAACCAGCCCAGGUUUUACUUCUGAACACAUUUGCAUUCAGAGAACUGUGCCCUUGGUCAUGGAGGCAGUCUGACUCUGUCAUAUACACCUGGAUCUAUGAUAUAGGCUGGGGACUGACUGAACAUCGUUAGAAGCAUUUCCUGGAUUGUUCGCGAAGGGACUUCAUCACCUCAACUGAUGCACUUAUUCAUUUUCCAAUUUGUUUACAUAUAUCUGUCAUUGUUAUCUUUGUGAGACUUUGCUGUUUAUGUAACUAAAUGUAACUAAAGAAUGUGGGCCUCAGGGCAAUGCAAUGAAAUGUCCAGCUCCAAAUCAGGGUACAUUCACCUACAGUACAGCACCAAGUGGUCAGGCAAUGAUGAUAAACAAAUAAUUUAGGGAUGGACUAAAGUUAUUAUGACAACCUGCACCUUCAGGAACCGUACAAUGAGCCGAUAAAGCUAUGUGUGAGGUUGUAUGGCUUUGUGUGCAUGUGUGUGCGAGAGAGGUUAUAUCGUUGUGUGUCAGGUUGUAUAGCUGAGUGUGUCAGAUGUUAUAUUGCUGUGAGUGUGUGAGGCUAUAUAACUAAAUGUGUGAGGAUGUGUGGCAGUGAGUGUGAGUGAGAGAAAGGUUAUAGAGCUGAGUGUAUGUGAGAGGUUAUCUAGCUGUGAGUGUUUGUGUGUGUGUGAGGCUAUGUAACUGUGUGUAUGAGAAGCUGCAUGUGCGAGGGGUUCUAUAGCUUUGUGUGUGUGUGUGCAUGUGUGUGCGUGCGUCUGUGCGCACGUGUGUGUGUGUGAGUGAGAAAGAGAGAGAGAGAUUAUAUAUCUAUGUGUGCGUGGUUACAUAUAGCUGUGCAUGUGUUUGAGAGAUUAUGUGUGUGUGUGUGUGUGUGUCUGAAUGCUUGUACAGAGUUUGGCCAACAUUUCAUGUUUCAUCACAAAAAUCUGCUAUGCCCAUUGUGGAGGGGCAAUUGUAUCUGACAAUGCUGGUACUUUUGCUCAUCACUUGCUUUUCUGUGAUGUUGAUAACAAACCUUCAAAACAUGAGGUGAUUUAACAUAAUUAAUUGAUUUAGCCUGUUCAGUGUCAAAUCAUUGGUGUGAGACUGGAGUCACAUUUGACUAGACCGGACUGAUGAUGGGUUCCUGUUCUAAAAGGUGGGGAGUGUUCAUGACAAUGAAGCAGUUUCAGGAUUGUAUUGUUGCUGCCAGUUUUCUCUCUUUAGACUCUGUUCCAGUUUUAUUCUAUAUCCUGUCACAACCAUAUUCCAUACUUUGACUGGAUUUUGUGUCCGUGAUAUCAAAUAAAACUGGAAUGCAAGGCAUACACAGUGAGGAAAAGAAGGAGAUAGAGAGUGAGUGACGUUACAGCAGUUAGGUCUAAGUAAUUCUAACACUUCUUUCCACGCUAAAGUAUCUUUUGUCAAUCUAACUUAACAGGGUCUUCAUUACUGGCACUAACUGCCAUCUAUUUAUUUCUUAGUUUACUUAAAAUAAUGAGAAAAGGCUAUUCAUUGAUGUAACUUUCCAGACAGUAACUGCCACCAGGUGUUUUACAGAAAUAUUGUUCAAUGAUUGAAAUUAAACAGUAUGGUUUGUUAAGAUUUCUCUUUCAAAAGUAUUAAAACUAAAUUGCCCAACACUUAAUAUCAC